UAACACACGACCUGAGAACUCCUCCUCUUUCAGGAAGACUGAAGAGACUGUAGGCAGGAGCAGGACGACGGUGGACAACAACUCACACGAUGUGGACUAAAAUAUUGGGAAAGCAGUUGGGCCUCCCGACACGAUCGGUGGCAGGGUGGUUGGUCGGCAAACUGCUCACCUCUCGCAACCAGGUCCUCGAGGAGAAUACUGUCCAGCUGUGUGGGAUCCAGCCCGGGGACACAGUGCUGGAGCUGGGUCACGGCCCGGGCGUGGGUCUGCAGGCUGCAGCCAAACUGCUCACAGAUCCGACAGGCCACCUGAUAGGGGUGGAUUACUCAGAGUACAUGUAUCAGAUGGCAAAGGAGCAAAUGAAGGAGCUUGUGGCCAGUGGGAAAGUGACCCUUCACCACUGUGAUGUGGCAGCAAUGCCGCUGGUGGACAGCUCUGUGGAUAAAGUCUUUCAUUGUAACUGCUACUACUUCUGGCCUGACCUCCGCAAGGGAACAACAGAGAUACACCGCGUAAUGAAACCGGGAGGCCAGAUGGUGACCACGCUGAGGCUUGUCCGUGUGGCUCGUCUGGCAGCACAGCGGGUGAUGGAGGGGGAGAACUGGCGUCCGGAGGCCUAUAUGGCAGCUCUAAAAGAUUCUGGCUUCAUUGAUGUCAGAAUGGAAGACAAACAGCUCAAAAACAUUACUUUCCAGGCUAUCUAUGCCACUGCCUCAAAGUGAUACUGUGAGUAGUGUGCGCUACUUCUAUGAUUGUGACGUCAGGGAUUCCAUUGGGUAUUCCAUUGUGUGCCUUUUGAAGAUAGAUUAAAGGUGAUUUAGCAUAAUGACAAAACAAAUACAUGAUCCUAGCUUGUUAUGUUGAUUAUAUCUCAAUUUGAGCCUUCUUCGGCUGCAUCACUUAAAUACGACACUGUUUGGUUUUUAUUAAGGAUAUUUUCUUUUCAUUAUAUUUUGCAUGUCAUAUUAAAUACAUCUUACUUGGAUACAUUUCUUUGGAGAACAGAGGUUAGAGGAAUGAUCGCAUUAUCAGAUCAGAAUACGACAGCAAAUGUUAAUUUUUGUAAAUUGUUACUCCAUUGUUUUAAUUUGUUUGAAAAAUUUUAGCUCACUGGAAUAUCUGCAGCAAAAUGCAUCAAAACCAGGUCAUCUUUAUUCAUGUCCAAAUAAGCUUUUGUGCCAAUUACAUGCUAUAAAAACACUGCAAAAUCUUAACAUAUGAUAGAAUAAAAAUAAAGAAACAGAAAGUAAAAUAAAAUCUAAUAAAUGGA